UGGUCACGUGGGUUGUUUCCGGCGCCUGUGUUAGCUGUGCAGCAGCUGUGCUCUUGAACAGACCUUCGUUUUUCACUCGCGGGUAAAUCUUCACUCUUUUAAGGUUGCGUCUCGAUUCGUCUGUCUUUCGGUUAUCUGGCACAGUUCCCACUUGCCAUGCAUAGUUGGGCUGUUCCGUAUUUUCUCUAAGGGUUUGCUCCGUCUCUGCACACAACAUUUCGAGCUGCCUCUGAACUGCAGCUCAAGUAGCAGCGAGCUCCACACACACAGAGAGAGACAAGGGAAACGUCCCGCGGAAUGGAAGAAGAGGGUGACAGCAAGUCGUCUUUUGUUACUAGUCUGGAUAGAGUGGAAAAGAAGAAUGACGUUGAGUGUAAGAUAAAAUGGACCCAAGAAGAAGAUGAAAACCUCAAAAUCCUUGUCACGAACUUUGGAAAAAAGGACUGGAAAACCAUUGCUAGUUUUUUACCAGGUCGAACAGAACUGCAGUGUAUUCUUCGCUGGAAUAAACAUCUGGAUCCUGAAUUAGUGAAGGGACCUUGGUCUAAAGAGGAAGAUGAAAAGAUAUUGGAGCUGGUGGAUAAGUACGGAACUAAAAACUGGACGACGAUUGCCAAGCAUUUAAACGGCAGGCAGGGGAAACAGUGUCGGGAACGCUGGGUUAACCACCUCGACCCACUAAUUACUAAGGGUAUCUGGUCUGCAGAAGAAGACCUCAUCAUCUACAAAGCCCACUGCAUUCUGGGUAACCGGUGGGCUGAGAUCUCCAAGCUGCUCCCUGGAAGAUCUGAAAACGCCAUCAAGAAUCAUUGGAACGGCACCAUCAGACGAAAAGCCGAGAUGGGCUUUUACAAAGGAGUAUCUGAAACAAUUUCCAUUGACAUUCAGCAUUUUACGGACGGAGAGGUGGACUUCAAAUGUGACGUUGUAAUAGAUGCUGAUCCAGUGACGCCUGAACUUGUGAUCAAAACGGGAACAGAGAACUCAGAUGUUGCGAAGGAGCAGAAGGAGUCUGACAAAGUGAAACCAAAGGCAGCUGUUAAAAUUCAACCCACUUCAGCUCCAAGAAGAGACGUGUCCUCCCCUUGUCCUUCUCUGUCCCGCAGUUCCAGCUCUAGUCCCAGCUCUGCUGUCGCUCCUUCAGCCACGCAGGUGGACCAGAAGAAGUUUGUCAAGGCGGCACUGAGGAUGAUUGCUGAAGACAUGCUGCCACUCAGUUUUGUUGAAGGCGCAGGCUUCAGGUCGUUAAUGGGUACCAUCUGCCCUGAAUACAACAAACUCUCCCAGCGCAUCAUCGGCCUUCAGCUCUACGAGGACGUGGAAAGAACCAUCAAGCCGCAGCUCAUCCGUGACCUCAAGCUCUCCCUCGCCAAAACCAAGAACAGUGAAAGUACCAUUCAUGUGACCUGUGACCUGUGGGCAGGGGACCAGUCGAAACGAGCGGAGGAUCCUAUCCUUGUUGUCCAACUCCACUACUUUAGCGAGUCUUGGCAAAUUCGCCGUCCAGUCGUCGCCUUCCGCCACCUCAACCACACAAACCUCAGCAUGGCGGUGGCCAGCGAGCUCGAGGGCGUUCUGCUGAGCUACGGCAUCUUCCCUCGUCACAUCGGCUACGUCCUUGCCAACCAGGCCAAAGAAAUCCUAGCUGGAAAUAAUUUGUUUUGUGACUACAAGAUUGUGUGCUCCUCGAACCGGCGAGAGCCAGAUGGAGAUGACAUCCUGGCCUUUCUGUCAGAGAAGAUGUCUGAGUCAGAGGCCCCGUUUUCAAAGCUGCAGAUCGGGACCAGGAACACGUGCGUUGUCAGGUCUUUGCAGGCCGUGAUCCGGGACGCCCUGAAAAACUCCAGAGUGGUGGAGAAUCUGCUGUCACAGAUUCACAAUGUGGUUGCUUUCUUCAGGAGCAGUGCCUGUUGGAGCGAGCUUUUAUUGAAGGAGGGCAACGUGUCGCUAUGUCCUUCCUCCACCAACUGUCGCUGGAACUCUAUGAUGUUAUCGUUGCGGCGUAUGGUGAAUGAGACGACGUGGAGCAUCGUCAUGACAAUCCUGGCCCAGGCCCGCAUAGAGGCCACCGACACCUCCACCGCCCCACCUCUGAUCAUGGUGAAGAGGGAGCAAGUGGUUGAUAUUCUGGGACUCCUAGAGCCUUUUGAAGAGGCUUUGCAGGUUCUUCAAGGAAACGGAGUGACCAUGUCUUUCAUCAUCCCCUCCCUCAUUGGCCUGGAUAAGAAGCUGGAAAACAGAGUGACCAACUACAAUCACUUCUGCAAGGCCCUGCGGAUGAGCCUUCAUGGAUAUUUCCAGUCUGUGAUUUACCAGAAGGAGAUUAUACUCGCUACUGUGCUCGACCCCAGAAUGAAACUACAGCCAUUUUCUGACGACGCUGCUAAAACCCAAACAGGGUUCCUAAGUCCUCCUUCAAAGUCAGAGGCUCACAGAAUCUUAGCCUCAUUAUUAGAAAACAAGACUGCAUCAGCACCUGUUCCUGUGACGGAAACCAAGGAGCAGACCGGUAAUCAGCCAAUGAAGAAGCAAGACGGAGCAAAAGGAAGCCAUGCUGACGUUAAAACAGAGGCAUCUGCUGGCAGCUCUAAUAAGAACUGCGAUGGAGUCAGUGAAAACGACCUCAAGCGCAAGGCCAUCUUCAGCUACCUGCAGCCUCCAGCAAAGACUAUGAAGGUUUCCGAGCUCGACGUGUAUUUGUCUGAACCCAUGUGUGAAAGCGGCUCCAGUCUUGCGUACUGGAAGUCGGCCUCUCAGUUCCCCCAGCUGCAGGAUAUUGCUAAGAAGCUGCUGGCUGCUCCCGCCUCCUCCGGGGGCUUCGACCGGCUGUAUCCAAUGGCAACCUGCAUUGUUAGGGCCAGGAGGAACCGCCUCCCAUCCCACACCACUGAGAGGCUGCUGCUGUACAAGAACUCUAUGAAGGUCAGGACGGCCAGUCGGGUCGGUGGAGUUCCCCUACCGGCAAAGAUGAAGUGAUGCUUUGUCAGAUGUUUUAACACCAAAAACCACCAAAGUUGCCACAUUGCAGUAAGCAGACAUCAAAUGUGCUUGAAUUCUGUAGAUGUGUUCAGUUACUGUAAAGUUAUUAUCAAUGAAAUAUUUUUUUAUUGCAAGUAUUCAUUGUUCAGAUCUGUUUGUAGUUUUGGUGCACAUUUUCAGUAGCACCAUUUCUAUCUGACAGAAAUAUGAUUUUAGAUUUCCAACUUGAGAGUAUGCAGACUAGAAACCACUGUAAGAAUCAGAUUCAGUUUAGAUUAAAUUGUUUCUGUUUUUCUUUAGAAAACACAAAGGAAACAUGUUACUGCUCAAAUAAACAGCAGUUACUGUGUUGCAAUAUUAAAUAGAGAGACAUGGAUGGGUGUAAUAAAAUAAACAUAUUAGGCCUGGAAGAACUUUGAAAAAAAUAUCUGAUAUGCAUUACUGUUUCAUAUUUUCAUGUUUACAUGUUUGGCUUUUCAAGGUCUUACACUUCCCUGCCUUCAUUUAUGAAAUGUCGAUGUAGCCUGUAUGCAAAAUCCAGAUAGUGUUUUGUAAUAAAUGUGUACAAGCCUUUGUAAAGCAUUCUGGGUGAUAUUAGAAUUUUAUUGUUUAUAGUUUUUAUAUUAAGUUCAGUGGUCAUGCAAGCUGACUGCGAUGUUUGCAAAUUUAAUGACAUUUAAUCAUUUUGUGUAAACAAGCAGCAAAGUGACCUUGUCUCUGUAUGGAAAUGUGUGACAAUGUAUUUGUAGGAAAUAAAGCAAUGUUAAACAAAAAA